CUUUUUUUCGACAGAAGGAGGGGUGUUGUGGGGAAAUGUUCGGCGGACCGUGAAGCGUAACAGCAAGAAGAGGGACAAAGACGCACAUAGCGGGACAGAAUGCGACAGAUAGAAACCUCUUCCACCUAAAAAAAAAAAACAAACAAAACAAACAACAACAACAACAUCGGAAUGGAUGUGUGUUAAAAUUGGAAGAGCUGGACAGAGGAGUCGAAACCAACAAUGGCAAGAAAGAUGAGUUCAAGUGUACAAACUGAGUUGUGGACAAUAACUGUGGUUAGAGUGCGCGUUAACUUCGGAUAGCCCUGCGGCGCGUUUCAGUGUCCGCCUCAGAUCUGCACCGGCGGCGUGGAGCAGACACAGGCUGCACUUUGGAGUAUGUUGUCCCACUUUUGAACGGCCACGCUUCCCGGAAUGACUGUUACUGCGCUGUUCCUCUUUUUUUGCAGCCACGCGUGGUGAUUUCCCUGACUCAGAUUGGAUCCUGUAUUCCACUGUGGCAAAGCUCACCGGGAGAAGGCAAAUUUAACUUUCGUGCAAGUGUGUGGAUACUUUAUUUAUACUUUUUUUUUCUGACUGCGUUGUUUGCAAAACGCAUGUAUGGAAUUAUCUAUGAACUUCAGUCUGUGAGAUCCAAUGUGUAAAUUGACCUGAUCCUAAUGUGCUGGUGGAGAAAGUGCACGACACCGAACUAGAACUCCAUCCAAGCAUGAAAUGUUGGUGCAGCGCCCUGGCACUUCUCCCAUGGGUGCUGGUGGCCUUAGAUGCCCAGCUAAUCUGCUGGCAGGCGCUCCUUCGGUGCCACGACGAGCCCGAGUGCGAUCUUGCAUACAGUCAAUACUUAGCAGCUUGUGAAGGUAACAUCAGAGGAACGAGGAGGCAGUGUCCGAGCCACUGCAUCAACGCGCUGAUAAGGCUGAAUCACACCCGCAGCGGGCCAGACCUGGAGACCUGCGACUGCGCCCAGGACCUGGAGUGCCUCAGCGCCAAGCGAGCCAUAGAGCCGUGUCUCCCCCGCAGACACCCGACCGAUGCCGGGGGUAUAGGGUGCAUGGAGGCCCGGCAGCGCUGCGAGGAAGACAGCAACUGCCACACCUCCCUCACGGCCUACUUGUCAUACUGCGGGCAGCUGUUCAACGGCAGGAAGUGCUCCUCCAAGUGUAAAGCCACCAUUCAACAGAUGCUGUUCAUCCCAAAUGGCAUGCUGCUGAACCGCUGUGUUUGCGAUGGGGUGGAGAGGCCUUUCUGUGAAGUGGUCAAGGAGAACAUGAGCAAACUUUGCUCCAUAGGAGACCACAUUAUUUCAGACCAGCCUGAUGUGGAUGACAUGUAUGAGGAUGAAGACUAUGACCCUAAAAGUGACAGAGAGGAUGUGUAUACUGAUCCUUCCUCUUCUUCCCAGAGAUUGUCCAGCUGCAUGACGCUCCUCUUUCUUCCUCUAGCACGGAUAUUGUACUGAGAUGAUGGGUACCUGAAACAUUUAUUGGAUUUAAAAAUGACAGUGUGAAAAAAAAUAUCUGUUCAUUUAACCUCUCCAGGUAGCUAUGAGUCCAGCUGGAGUUGAUAUGGAAUCAGUGACUUGAUCAAAGACUCUUCAGCAGGGCACUGGCUUGCUGGCACAGGACUCAAACCCAGGUCUGCUAGAUAAGGGAAGCUAUUUUUUCACCCCCAGGUCUCCCUGCCAUUCCAUUUUAGCUGCAGGGUGACAGUGAGCACAGUAGUGAUUUGUGUAGGCUUUCCACAACCUUACAGUUUGCAUAGUAAUUCUUCUCCGUGCACAUCUCACUCAGGAAAACUGCUUUUUUUGGAUUUGUGAUUCAAAUCUUCACACAGAUGGCCUUUACAGUGCUCGGAGUGAACUGCUCACUUGUUGCUAAGUUGAAGGCCUGUUGUUACAAAUGGCAGAAAUACUUUCAGUGAACCACACCAGACUUUGUUGCAAGGCAUUGCCAUUUUGUGUGCCUUAAACCAGCUCCUGUUUGUUUGGUUUGGUUUCAAUGGCACUUGGAGUGUGGCUUUAUUAAGACCUUAGACAAACAUUGGACCCAUCCAGUCUCUGUUUGCUCUGCUCUCCAUUUCAGGGGCCUCUGCAUUGUUGCAGCAACCACACUUCAAAUAUUUGUGGGAACAGUCAAAGGACAGGCAAUGGUGUGGGAUCAAGUACUGAAAUUAACUGAAGCGCCUCUCCAGCACUCUGUCUGGGGCCCCUCCCCCACAUGAUUGUUUUAUUGCACUUUUCCUGAGACACCCCCAACCCCUUCUUCCUCCUCUCUACUGCCUGCCCCCUUUCACGCUUUUAAAGGACCCCUGUCCUUAUUACUGCUUUCACACUGAAGCAACAAGCCAGAAAAAGCUGUCUGUUGCUGGUGCGAAUAGGUCAACAUAUCACACAUGGACUUUGUCCACAACACUGCUCAUGAUUAGAGGUUUACCUGGCCUGACACGGCUUGACUUUGUGUGGAUGAAUGCGAUUUACAAUUUUAAACAAACCGUGUGAUUCGAACGGAAGUUGUUGGAAUAAGUUUUGAUGAGCUCAUCUAACAAAGAAAGUACAUUUUAUGGAUAUUAAGGAUCACCGGACCAAACACCAGGUCAUGCUCUGCCUUACUGAAUCUCCAGUGUAGCAACACACCGCAGCAACCACACAAUAAUCAGUGAACAUAGCAGUGUCCCAACAGUGUGUCAACAGGAGCAACAAGGUAUUCACUCAUGAGCAGUAGUCUGAAUGGUCAAACAUGGGUUGAAUGAAUGUUAACCGUUUUGCGACACACAGUGUUUGUCAAAGAAGCACGAGUGUUGCUAACUAAACAAGAGGUGUAUUACGCUUUUAACUCACAGGAUCGGCACCAAGUGCUUUCUAAAGAAAUGCACAAAUACAGAUACAAUUCAAACUAAUUCAAACAAGAGAUUGAGAAUAAUGCAUCAGAGUCAUAUUUGUAGUUGCACACACAUACAUGACGAGAUGCUCUGUGCGGCUACUGAGCAGCUAAUGUUCCCUGUUUGAAGGCCCACACCGAUAGUCCACAUUAAGCUGUUUAGCAAAGAGGGAAAGUAAAAACAAUGUUUUUGUUAAUAUUGAUCACUUGUAAUGAAGCUGCCAAUUUGUGUCUUUGCCACUUGAAAUUAUGUCCAAACUAAUCUUUUUGUUUUGUUAUGAAGUCUUGAAAAAUGUUGAUAAAUGUUAAAUUAUGAAGCUAGAAUAUGAAGAAUGUGUAUAUAUUUUACAAUUAUAUGCAGUAAAAUAAGCCAGUGUCUGCCCACUGUCACUUACAUGCAUUUAAUACAUUAUAAACACAAAUGUAGUUCAGAUUUUGGCCACAAAACCUGACAUGAUUUAGUUUUCAAUUUUUCAUCUCAUUUUGCGGGAACAUAGCAGUAAACACUUCAGAGCAGUGUCUUCCAUGUGGGACGGUGAGUAUUAUAAUAAAAUGUUUAUGACCUCAA